UGAUAAAUGGUUGUUAUGGAGACUGUAAACAGCCUGUACGAUUUGGACGAAAAUACUGAAUGCACGGGGGCACUGGGAAGACGAGUGGUCAUCCAGUUACACUGCACGACCAACGAAGGGACUGCCCUUGUUGAGUCCAGGUGAUGCGAGAGGUGACGUGCAUCCAAGCCUAUCUCCAAGGGAACAUACAAAGGUCCCAGCAUUGGGGGCGAGCAUUCCAGCAUUGAUGCCCUCACAAGCACCAGCACCAGCAAGAACAAAACAAAGCCUGAGCAUUGGGGAAAAAUUGUCCAGCACAGACAAAUCAGUCCCAGAGGUGAAGGCUCGGCUUGGUGCUACCAAUCUGCCUGUUAUCACCUUGGACAGACUGUCUAAGGCUAAGGCCCUGGUGGAAAAGGCUGUAAAGCAGCAGAAGGUGUUCUCGGUACAGGGUCCUUACCCUGUCCUCCGUGCGGCCCUGCGGGCCAGGGGUUGGGUGGAGCAACGGCAGCCACAGAAUGUCGCAUCUAAGGGCAGGACUCAGGAGAACAGGUCCAGCUCAGAUGAUGAAGACUGGUUGCCCUCCUCCUGUGUUUUUCCAGACAGUUCAGAGGAGGUGGAGAGGGACGACACCCCAGAUGACCUCUACGAGAUAAUGUCCCGCCUUGUUCGAAACGAAGUGGUAUACUUCAGUUGGACAAUGAAUAGAGACACUAUCGACUACCGCACGUUGCACAAAGAGCAGAUAACCAAUCACUUUGCAAAGGCCGGCUCUUUCACUACCAAGGUGGAGUUAUGUGUGAAUUUGAGGAACCUGCGCUGGUUCGAUGCGGCUGAUCCAGACACCUUCUUCCCACGCUGCUACAGACUGGGAGCGGCGGAUGAGAAGCACGCUUUCAUCGAGGACUUCCGGAGGUCAGCGUGCUCCAGCCUGCUGCAGUGCGUGCUGGAGAGGAGUCGCGGGGAGGAAGUAGAGGAAGAGAGGGCGGGAUUAACCGAUUCCUCCCAAUCAGGCCAGAAAAAACGGUGCAAGCGUCGAGCCAUUGAAUCAGUCGGAAGUGGAAUAAUUGACAGCGCAUUACAUGUGUGCCAGGACUUCCUAGACGCUUUGGAACACAAUGACAUUGACAUCGCUAUGGAAACACCCCCUACCCUCACAGAGCAGCAAUGGGCGGAGUUCCUACAUAACUAUUACAUGAUUGUCCAUGAGGGUGUGGGGAUCCAGGACAUUCAUCGAUACCAGGAGCCCUGUCAGGUAAUGCUGAGGAAGCUUCGAGAAGUCAGCCCACAGCUAGACACAGACGGAAUCCACAACAUCUGGAUAGUCAAACCUGGGGCUCUGUCCCGCGGCAGGGGGAUCAUUUGUGUGAAACGCCUGGAAGAAAUCCUGAAGCUGGUCAACUGCAACCCAGCUCUGAUCAAAGAUAGUAAGUGGGUGGUGCAGAAGUACCUGGAGCGCCCCCUGCUGAUCCAUGGCACCAAGUUCGACCUGCGCCAGUGGUUCCUGGUAACUGACUGGAACCCCAUGACCAUAUGGUUUUACCGGGAGUGCUACCUGCGCUUCUCCACUCAACCCUACUCUGUGGAAAAACUGGACAGCUCGGUCCAUCUCUGCAACAACUCCAUCCAGAAACACUUCCAACCUUCCGAGCAGCGGCACCCUGAGAUUCCCGAGGACAACAUGUGGUCGUCGGAGCAGUUCCGCGCGUUCCUGCGCGCAGGGGGCCAGGCGGCGCUGUGGGACAGCGUGGUGGUCCCGGGGAUGAAGCAGGCCGUGGUGCACGCCCUGCAGACGGCCCAGGACCUGGUGGAGUCACGUCCGGGCAGCUUCGAGCUCUACGGCGCGGACUUCAUGCUGGGCCGCGACCUGAGGCCCUGGCUAAUCGAGAUCAACGGCAGCCCCACCAUGGCGCCCUCCACGCCUGUGACGGCCCAGCUGUGCAUGGCGGUGCAGGAGGACAUCCUGCGCGUCGUUCUGGACCGCCGGCUCAACCGCAACGCUUGCACCGGUGGAUUCGAGCUCAUAUACAAGCAGGCAGCGGUGGAGAUCCCGCAGUACACCGGGGUGAACCUGUUUGUGGAGGGGGCUCCUCUCAGACGGCCUCAUAUUCGCCCUCGGAGGAAGCUCUUCCUGCCCAAGGCUAUCAACAUCCCCCCCCUCGGCACUGACCAAGCAAAAGAAGGCAGAGUGGAAAAGGUGAUUGUAGCCGAAAAGAAAACAAAGGAACCCACUAAGAAACCUGUAAAAACCUGUCAAUCAUCAUGGCAGAAGCCCCCUGCAGCGCCCAGAUGCUGCCCCGUCGCAGGGAAGGGGAGGGGGAGCCACACGAAAAAGGAGAGGAAGGGACCAGAGACUGCAAAGGGAGCGCCGCGGCAGGCCGGCCCCCCCCUCAGGCUCAUCCCGGUGUGCCCCGUGCUGACUGCGGAGCCCAAGGCCGCCAAACACUCGAAGCUGGGCCCGAGUUCAGAGGAGAGGCCCCACGUGCCCCCCCGUCUCCUGUCCCGCACCACGGACUCGUCCUUACAGGGCUCCGUCCCCCGCCGGCCGGCGUGCCACACCUGCACCACGCGCUCCUCGCUCCUGUCCGCCUGCGGCCUGCCCACUAUGCGCAGCUCCGCCUCCGGGAGAUGGAGCAGAAGCCUGCAGCUGGGCCCAUUGGAUGGCACCACUGUCACGCCACAAGAACCUCCCCCCUCAGACACCAGCCUCUUACUGCCACCGGCCCUCCCCAAUGUCCAGAGACAGAGCACGCCAAAGCUCAGAGAGGACAUGACCAGCAAGUCCUUGUGAUACAGAGUACGGGAGGGAAGCCAUGCUGUGUCUGCAUGCAGAUAUGGUCAUGUACUGCUCUACAGGAGUCUCAUACAGUGAAAUAAAGUCAGGACUGAAUCAUC